AGAGGCGAGAUCGGGAUGGCGAGCAUCGACUUGAAGAGCCCACAGGUCAUCUUGUCGCAGUUCGCAGACAACACAACGUAUGCAAAGGUGAUCACUAAGCUCAAAGUUUUAUCACCUUUGGAAAUAAUAAUGUCAAAUACUGCUUGUAUUGUGGGAAAUUCAACCAAGUUGUUUACGCUGGUCACAGAAAAUUUCAAGAACGUUAAUUUCACUACAGUCCAAAGGAAAUACUUCAAUGAAACAAAGGGCUUAGAGUACAUCGAACAGUUGUGCAUCGCCGAGUUCAGCUCUGUCCUGAUGGAGGUUCAGUCUAGGUAUUAUUGCCUCGCAGCUGCUGCAGCCUUAUUAAAAUAUGUUGAAUUCAUUCAAAAUUCAGUUUAUGCACCAAAAUCACUGAAGAUUUAUUUCCAAGGUAGUGAACAGACAGCCAUGAUAGAUUCAUCAUCAGCCCAGAACCUUGAAUUGCUUGUUAAUAACCAGGAUUACAGGAACAAUCACACUCUCUUUGGUGUUCUAAAUUACACGAAGACGGCAGGAGGGAGCAGAAGGCUGCGCUCUACCAUCCUGGAGCCCCUGGUUGAUGUGGAGACCAUCAACAUGAGGUUGGACUGUGUCCAGGAGCUGCUUCAGGAUGAGGAGCUCUUUUUUGGGCUCCAGUCAGUCAUCUCAAGAUUCCUGGAUACGGAGCAGCUGCUUUCUGUUUUAGUUCAAAUCCCAAAGCAAGACACGGUUAGUGCAGCUGAAUCAAAGAUAACAAAUUUGAUCUACCUGAAGCAUACUUUGGAACUUGUGGAUCCUUUAAAGGCCACCUUGAAGAACUGCAGCACACCCUUGCUAAGAGCUUACUAUGGCUCCUUGGAAGAUAACAGGUUUGGACUAAUCCUUGACAAGAUUAGCACAGUGAUAAACGAUGACGCACGGUACACGAAAGGCUGCCUGAACAUGCGCACUCAGAAGUGCUAUGCAGUGCGCUCCAACAUCAGCGAGUUCCUAGACAUAGCUCGGAGGACAUACACAGAGAUAGUGGAUGACAUAGCAGGAAUGAUAUCACAGCUUGCAGAGAAGUACGGCCUUCCAUUGCGGACCAGCUUCAGCUCUGCUCGGGGCUUUUUCAUCCAGAUGACUACAGACUGUGCUGCGCUCUCAAGCGACCAGCUUCCCUCAGAGUUUAUUAAGAUUUCUAAAAUGAAAAACUCAUACAUUACAUCAGCAGAUUUAAUUAAAAGUGAAGAAAGAUGCCAGGAGUCUUUGCGAGAAAUCUAUCACAUGACUUACAUGAUAGUGUGCAAGCUGCUUAGUGAGAUUUAUGAGUAUAUUCAUUGCUGUACAAGCUCUCUUUACUACUGUGUCGCAUGCUGGAAUAUGCUGCUGUCUUUUGCUCACGCCUGUACUCUUUCUGACUACGGUGAUCGACCAGAGUUUACUGACACUUUAGCAAAACAAGGAUGGCAUCCCAUUCUUGAAAAAAUAUCUGCAGAGAAACCUGUUGCAAACAAUACGUAUAUUACAGAAGGGAGUAAUGUUCUGAUCAUAACUGGAUCCGAAUAUGAGCGGAAAACCACGUACUUAAAACAGAUUGCACUUUGUCAGAUCAUGGCCCAGAUUGGCUCCUACGUUCCAGCAGAAUACGCCUCCUUUAGAAUUGCUGAGCAGAUCUUUACGAGAAUCAGCACUGAUGAUGAUAUUGAAACAAAUUUCACAUUUAUGAAAGAAAUGAAGAAGGUAGCGUAUAUUCUGCAUAAUGCUAAUGAUAAGUCACUCAUAUUAAUUGAUGAGCUUGGCAGAGGAACUAAUACAGAAGAAGGCAUUGGAAUCUCUUACGCAGUCUGUGAGCAUCUGCCUGAGCAAAAAGUCUGCUUUAUGUUCUAGGCAUUCACGCUCUUCACAACCCACUUCCUGGAGCUGUGUCACAUAGACGCCCUGUAUCUGAAUGUAGAAAACAUGCAUUUUGAAGUUCAGCAUGUAAAGAAUACCUCAAGAAAUAAAGAUGCAAUUUUGUAUACGUACAAACUUUCCAGGGGACUCACAGAAGAAAAGAACUAUGGAUUAAAAGCUGCAGAGGCCUCCUCACUUCCACCAUCGAUUGUUUUGGAUGCCAGAGAGAUCACAACACAAAUUACAAAGCAAAUUUUGCAAAAUCAAAGGAGCUCCCCAGAGAUGGACAGGUGGAGAGUUGUGUACCAUCUUGCCACGAGGCUUGUCCAGGCCGCUCGAAACUCUCAACUGGAACCAGAUAGGCUGCGGACAUACCUGAGUAAUCUCAAGAAGAAGUACGAAGAGGACCAGACCAGGGCUGCGGACUUUCCCGAGGGGACUGAGGAGUAG